AUGGCACAGUCAGGGGGGGUCCCCAGCCGCUGCAGCAGCAGAGACGGGGGCAGCACAAAUUGCAGCAGGAACUGCAGCAGCAGCAGCAGCAGUAGCAGCAGCAGCUCCGAAUCCGAUGUUGGUAUAAUCGGAGUGGGCGUGGGGAGUCCUAGAAGGGGCCCCCGCCGCCCUCGGAAGCAGCAGCAGCGUCGGAAGCAGCAGCAGCGGCGGAAGCAGCAGCAAGAAUCGGAGGGGGAAAUGAGUUGCUGCAGUAUUAGCAGCAGCAGCAGCAAUGAGCGCAACAACAAAACCCACGACAGCAGCAACUCAGAUGUAUGCGUCCUCAGCUGCAGCGACGGCGAAGACUGCCUCGUUGUGGCUGCCACCGAACAGCAGCAGCAGCAGCAGCAGCAACGCCGAGCAGCAGUGAGUUCACUGCAGCAACUGUUGCUUUGCCCAUCUCUUGCAGCAGCAAUUGUGUCUUUGCUGCCUUCUGCUGCGGAUGUACGGGCCCUGCUUGUUGCUGUUGGUUGCUGCUCCACCAGACAGCCGCGGCAUGCAGAGCAGCAGCAGCAGCAGCAGCAAACACAAGAUCCUUCUGCAGCAUCAGUAACUGAAGCAGAAGGAUCAGCUACAAUAGCAACAGUGGUUACAACAGAAAUGCAAACAGCGGAAGCAGCAGCUGCAGCACGAGCAACAGCAAGAGCAACAGCAGCAGCAACAACAGCAACUGCAGCACUGUCUGCUGUGGCCUACAGGUCACUGUGCAUGAAGCGGCUUUCUGCUUCGAAAGCGUUCAAAAGAUUUGCUGCAGCACUGCAGCAGCCGCAGCAGCGGGAGGCGCAGGCUUUAGCAGCAAGUGCUGCUGCCUGCCCAUCAGAAGCAGUUAGCACCGAAGCGUCAGCAGCUGCUGCCGCAGGUACAGCAGCAACAGCAGCAACAACAGCAGCAGCAACAGCAGCAGAAACAGCAGCAACAGCAGGAGCCUUAGAAGCAGCAGCUCAUCCUCAGUCUGCUGCUGCUGCCUGGCGCCAAGUGUUUUGGGUGUACGUACACCCCAACUACUGCGACGCGUGCGGGAAGAGGCUUCGCCUCCCCAGAGAACCUGCUGCUACUGCUGCUGCUGCUGCUGCAGGAAGUUCUGAAGCAGGAAUAGGCCCAGAAGCAGCAGCAGCAACAACAGCAGCAGCGGCAGGAGACUCCGACGCUGAAGCAAACCGCCAAACAUCAGCAGCAGCAGCAACAACGACAACAACAGCAGCAGCAACAGCAGCAACAACAACAACAGCAACGGCAACAGCAGCAACCACAACAACAACAGCAGCAGCAGUAGGAUUGUGCAGCAGCUGCCGCGACUGCCUGCUGCAACGCCAGGAGGCACUGGGCAUCCUCAGGCGCAUGCGUGAGGACGAGUUGCUGCUGCAGAUGCACCUCAGGCGCAGCAGCAGCAGCAGCAGCAGCAGCAGCAGCAGCAGGGUGGGCGAAGAAUUGGGCUUACUGCCGAUUCCAGCAGCAGCCUCAGGGGCGCCACCAGCAACACGGACAGCAACAGCAGCAGCAGCAGCAGGGUGGUGCCUUGGGGGUUUGUAUGCAGACAAACAACUGAUAUUGAUGCUGCGUACAUCGCACAUUGCUGCAGCCAACAGCAUCAAGCGGAGGCUGCUGCAGCAGAUGUCUUACGGCUGGGCAGAGAGCUGCGGGCCCCUCUUUGUUAGGCAGCACAUUGCUGCAGCUGUUUCAGCAGCUGCAGCUGCUGCAGCAGCAACUGCAGCGGGAGGUGCUGCAGCAGCACGCGCUGCAGCCAGAGGGCCCCGACAAGACAACUUGGCGGUAAUUGCCAGUCUAGCUGCUGAGACAAAACGAGUUCCUGCUGCUGCUGCUGCUGCUGCAGCAGAUGCUGCUGCUGCAGCUGCUGCUGUUGCAACGCCAGCGGUAGAGGCGCCGGCAGCAACAACAGCAGCAGCUGCAGCGGCGACAGAAGAUGGUUCGGUCCCUGCUGCUGCUGCUACCCCACAGAGGGAGUCGCUUGCUGCUGCUGCUGCUGAGUAUCUUGCUGCAGCACAGCGUAUGACGGCUCGAGGUGCUGCUGCUGUUGCUGUAGGCUUGGAGGGGGAGAGGCUGCUGCUGCAGGCUGUGGGGCCUAGCCGGAUGCAGCUGCUGCUGCUUCGGGGCCCUGCUGCUGCUGCUGCUGCAGGCGCAGCAGCAGACUCAGGCAACGACACAGACACAGGUUCUGCUGCUUCUGCUGCUGCUGCUGUUGCUGUUGCUUGCGACUUCAGUGGGGUUGCUCCUUUUCUCUGCAGCAACUUAACAGCUUUGAUUGCUAAGUGCUUUUCUGCCCUGCUGCGGCCAUUGCUGCUGCUGCUGCACGAAGAUGCUGCAGUAACUGCAGAGGAGCAGCAGCAGCAGCAGCAGCAGCAGCAGCAGCAGCAGCAGCCAGAAGCAGCAGCAGCAGCAACCCCACGGAAUUUCGGUAUGCGCCUCGACGACUUUUUCUGUGCAUGCUCAGCCGCUCAGAGAAUCGCUAAGAGGUUCUUUCUGCUGACGACGCACUCCGAACUAGAGGCUUUGAAUUUGAUGUUUAUUGAGUGGGGGUCAUCUCAGAGUUUGCUGCUGCGGCGGUGGCUGCGGCAGCAGCAGCAAAAGGCUGUAGGGGCAUCUCUAAUAGAGGGAGCAGCAGCAGAAGACAACAAAAAAAGAAAAAAAACACAAGACAACGUGCAACAUAGCAGCAGCAGCAGCAGCAGCAGCAGCAGCAGCAGCAACAGCGGGGAGUCUCAGGCUGCUCUGGAGGCCGCUGUCGUUGCUGCUUUAGCCAGCAGCAACAGCAGCAGCAGCAGCAGCAGCAGAGCACACCCUGCUGCUGUUGCUUCCCUCGUUGCUGCUAUGCGAAACCGAAGCAGCAGCACAGCGGACCUACCGGAAGCAGCAGCAGCAGCAGCAACAGGGAGUGCUGCCACAGGCGUAGCAGCAGGCAACAGCCGCAGCAGCAAGAAGAAGAAGAAGAAUGACGACUCACCAGCAGCAGCAGCAGCAGCAGAUAAAGGGGCUAGUGCUCUCUAUGCUGCUUUUUUGCUGGAUACUCUUUAUUGUUUUUUGUUUGAAGCAAAAACAAAUAUACCCCUAAAACCCUUCUCUUGUGAGCCCUAA